ACUGGCUGAGAAACAAGCAAUGGUGAUACCAAUGUGGCAGUUUCUUACUAUUGCGUUAGUUCUUUGGAUGCAGACUGGAAGAGUUCAUUGUCAGACAAUGGAAACUGUAAGGCCAUUAGAAAAGGUGAAAAUACAACCCAUGUAUUUCAAUAGAUCACUUGAUCAAGGGAAGAGAGUAGUAAUCACCCGCUGUGUAUUCCAUGGACCCCGCGAUUUGACAGCGACAUUUUCUAACAUCGAUGGAACAUUUAAAAAAGGGAAGGACAUUGACAAAGACAUUUCAGAAUACGAAGCAGUUUUUCAGUCCUCCAUUGAUGUUCUCAGUUUUGGUAGAAUAGAACUUGAGUCUGCGUCAACAUUUGAAUCUUUUAGUGCAGAUUUUAACCUCCCCGAGACAAAUAGAUCUAUGCAGACCAAUUUUCUUUUUUCGAGCUGCAAGUUUGAAGUCAAGAGGUCCAGCGAUGAACAAACAACUAACUAUUCUGCUAUUGCGAAAGAGUGCGGAAAUAUGGCGACCAAAGUAAUGUAUCUUAACUUCCCAGUUAGUCUGACUGAUGGGAACAGUGCAAAAUAUACCCAAGCGUCAGAUGGAGUAUAUCGUUUACCAGAAACUACAGCAAAUAUCGUUAUGAAGACGAGCAAAUUGGCUAAUGAUGGCGUUAACAUUAACUAUGUCUACUUCUCCAUAAUCAUCUUCGACACGAAGAUUUCGCCGAUGUCUCAUUUUCUUACUUGGUUAUUCCGGCUGAUGUAACCAUUAAUCUUAUAAUUAAAUAUCGAACUUGGAGUGAAAUAUCCACUUAUAGAGAAAUUGUGAAAUAAUUCGUGUUUGAAAAUUCAGACUAUGUUAACAAUAAUAAAUUCAGUUUCAUAAUCUAGACAAUUUAUUGGGUAAUUUAAACAAAUUAACAUACAAUUUCGACCAAACAAUUAAGCGAACUGCGACUUUGAUUUUUUUUUGGAUGUGGUAAACUUAAAUUUAUUCGCUGUUUAAAGCUUUAAAAUUUAUUUCAAUUUUGCUGUUUGAUAUCAUCUAUACUUAUAAAUUAAUAAAUUUUGCAUAUAAACUCCGAAACGGGUGCACAAGAGUUCUUACUUACCCCUCUAAUACUACACUACAUACAAGAUGAUGUCCGUAAACUAUAUUUAGAUUUCACUCGGAUAGUAAGUAUCGUACUUAAAAUUAAAAGUCUACUUCAAUUUUCUGAAAACAGCCAUGAAAUAGCAUCAACGUGAGUAUUGUGGCGUUUCCGGUUGGCGGAUCUAAGCUACUGAUAAAUUUUAAAGAAACUGACAACAAACAAUCUAUUAUUUAUUUCAUAAAAUGUCAUCACUGAAUUAUUCAAUCAAAACUUGAUUUAACUGAUAUAAAAGAAAUAAGUUGUGGUAACCAAUUAAAAAGCGAAAAGUGAAAAUUAUUUUCGUCAAUCACCAAUCUCAAUAUUAACGGAAGCUUCUAGAACAUCA